UUCAUUUUGCUCUGACGUGACGGCGGAAAAUGGCCACGCAAGCGAGUGGAAUCAUAACAUUGCAUUGGAAGUCUCUGUCCGCGCCCUUUUGUCGUUUAAUUACAGGUGUUUAAUCCGACCGUCUCCACUGACAAUGUCUCCAACUAUCACCGAAGCGCAGCAUUAUUCCAGGAAACGUGAAAAAUUGUGCUGUAUUGAACGAAAACAUGUUGCCGAUCGACGCGAAAGCUAACCGAGAGCAACAGGAACAAGCUAGCAAACGGCCGCGCGUCUGUCACCGUGGGAAAUGACAAGAAGACGAGCAAAGCAGUGAGACGGUUAGCAAACAACAUGUGACACACGGACACACACGCACACACACAGGCUGUCUGCUCCCACCCAAACAACACCCCCCGGGGCGGGUGUCGAAGAUGCCUCGUCUGGAGCAGUUGGCCAACGUUGUCCUCCGGGUGCCGAGCAUACUGGUCCUGGACCUGCUGUACAAAUGUGACGUCGAAGGCUUAACGGAGCACCUCAAGGCCAAAAACGAAGACAUGCUCUUCAAGUACAAAUACGUCAUCUGGAACAUGUACUACUUUGGUCAUCUGCUAAACGUGGUGGUGUUGGUUUUGCCGUUGAGACACAUUGUGACGCUCUACCUCCAUAUCCUGGCCGCUCUUCUGCUUUACAUGGGGCAUCAGAUUUCCAAGGAUUACGUUCACGAGGAGCUGCGGUACGGCCAUGGAGGAGCAGUGUACCUCGAUUCUCUGGCCUUCAACAGAUUCGUCUCUGCGAUGACGAGUCAGAUUAUUCUCAGCACGCUGUGUGCCUUCCUGAUGAAGACCAGGAAGGUGUGGCUGCUCUCUGCUCACGUGCUCCCCCUGCUGGCCAGACUCUGCGUCGCGCGUCACGCCACGCUGUUAGCCGUAAACACCUUCGCCAUGGGCCUGACCGCAGCGGGAGUCACCCUGUUCCUCCUCUCGCAUCUCUUCGUGCCAUAUCGGCUGGCAAAGGCCGCUUAUUCGGAGCUGCUGCAGCUGGAGGUGAUCGAGUUGUACAGACUUCUGGCCGUGGGAAUCUCGCUGUGGAACCAGUUUGCCGUCCCGGUGCUCUUCAGCGUCUUCUGGUUUGUUCUGUUCGUGGUCCAGCUCUGCUCAGAUGCCAUGUCAGGAAAAACCUCUGCGGGCCAUCAGGGCAUCAUGUUGUUCCUGCUCACCAGUGUCUCUGAAUGCUGUGCCACUCCGUACUCCCUUUUGGGUUUGACCUUCGUGGUGUCCUAUCUCGCUCUUGGACUGCUCAACCUGUGCAAGUUCUACCUCGGAGGUUAUGCAGCUGUUCAGAGCGAGAACGUGAUGCACAGAGGUGUGACCGAGGGCGUUACCCUGCUGCUGCUCGCUCUCCAGACGGGGCUGUUGGACAUGGAGGCGCUGCAGCGCACCUUCCUCCUCAGCAUCAUCCUCUUCAUCGUGGGGACUUCAACUCUGCAGUCCAUGAUUGAAAUAACCGACCCGGUUAUUCUGGCCCUGGGCGCAUCGCGCAACAGGAGUGUGUGGAAACACUUCCGUGGCCUCAGCAUGUGUCUAUUUCUGCUGGUUUUCCCUGUGGUUAUGGCUUAUAAAAUCUCCCAGUUCUUCCACAUGGACUUCUGGCUCCUCAUCCUCGUGUCCAGCUGCAUGCUGACCUCCCUUCAGGUUACGGGCACGAUGCUGAUCUACUCCCUCUUCAUGGUGGAGCUGUUCCGCAGCGACCCCAUCGAGAGCCUGGACGAAGUGAUCUACUGGGUCAACGCCGUCAGCAGGGUGCUGGAGUUCGUGGUGGCGCUCUGCGUGGUGGCGUACGGCACCUGGGAGUCGCUGUUCGGCGAGUGGAGCUGGAUGGGCGCCUCCGUCAUCAUCAUCCACUCGUACUUCAACGUUUGGCUCCGGGCUCAAUCCGGCUGGAGGAGCUUCCUGCUCAGACAGAAAGCGGCGAAGAAGAUCAACUCCCUCCCCAGAGCCACGGCCGGACAGCUGCAGCAGCACAACGACGUCUGCUCCAUCUGCUUCCAGGAAAUGACCGCCGCUGUGAUCACAUACUGCGGACAUUUCUUCCAUGGCAACUGCCUCCGCAAGUGGCUGUAUGUGCAGGAGACCUGCCCCAUGUGCCACCAAACGGUCCGAUGCACAGCGACGGGUCCGGGCCCGGCUUCGGGCGACGCCCCGGCAGCUCAAACUCAGAGGGGCGCCGGGACCCAUCAAGAGGCGGACGAGGAUGGGGGCAACGGCCCGUCCCAGGAGACGCCUGAUCCCGCCCAGCAGCGGGAGGAGACUAUGAGCUUUGACGGCGGAGAUCUCCGGAGGGAAGAUCAGGACCAACCAGCUGACACUCUCAGUAAAGCUGGUCGAGGUCUUCGUUUCAGCUCCAGCGGAGACUUUGUCGGACUUGUCGGGCCGGCGUCGAGCUGCUCUUCGGGGGACAUUUCUAGUUCCCGUGUGCCGCUGGGUGAAGCCUCUGGUAACAUGAGCAGCGAGGGCGGUGGGCAGGACUCACCGCUGUCAUGGACACCCGGGCCAACUACGGAUACACGACGGGCCAAUGAAGGACCCAUCUGACUCCAACGGAGCAGAACUCGAAGGAGGCAGAACUUGUUGUCCUUGAGAGCCACGAACAUCUCAGCCGUGACGGCCCAUCCAAAUCAUGGGAGAUCACAGCCUUAACAGGAAAACGGAAAGCAUGAGGCGUGCGGUGUGAGCCUUGUGGAUUGACCAACUUUACUUAGAACUCCUGGACUCUGUUGGCGAUCCUCCAAGUUACUUCCUCAGACCCGAAGCUGAUGAGACCCACCUUCACCUUCUCUUGCACAAGCACAGACAACAGUGACUACCUGCACCGGUGCCUUGGAAAGGGUGUGAAGGGGAACCGAAACAUAUCUGCCUUCUCUCUGUGAACCUACGGAGAAAUGUGGGAUGAACGUGCCUCAAUUCAGCUAAUAAUAUGCAUCUAUGUUGAGAAUGGAGAGUAAAUGAUACGCUUAUUGUACGACUGUGAAGAAAUUGUAAAGAGGAAAAAAAGAUAGAUAUACAUAUAAUUCAUAGAAAUUAUGUCUUGCGUCAAUAUUAACUUUGAUUUGUUCUGUUUUUUCAGAUUUCCUUGUAAUCCUCUAUUGGAUUUUUGUGAAAGCAAUGUAGCAUAAUUUGUCUUUUAUAAAUCAUAAUCAGCCUUUUCCUCGGCUUCAUGUGAACAUGUACCGUUUUUUUGCCCCGUAGUUUUAAAAUGAAUAAAUUGACAACAUGUGGAUGGGAAGGUUGACAUUAUAUUGCUAAUGUAGGUGAAAGUUAAGAGAGAGAGACCAGAUCUUUUUUUAUCCAUGUUGAUAAUGAGAUAAUAAAGUAUUCAGCAUCAUUACUUAA